AUAAAAUGUGCCAUCCUCCCGUUGCUACCAGCAUGAACACAUACACAUUCCAUUCUUUUAUUCCAUACAUUCCUUCGUCCUUCAUUCGACUCCAUUGCAAUGAAGUCUGCUGCGCCUCUCCUUACCGUGGCCACGCUGGCAGCGGCCAAAAGGAACUGCAGUGUCGAGAGCAUUGCCCCGUUCCUGCCCGAAAACUCUACUGUUUUCUAUGCGGAUCAUUAUGUCAAAGGAGCCAACUUCACUCCUCCCAUCAAGUACAACUAUGGGUUGACUUCUCUUCCCACGGGGAACAACCCCUAUGAGGUCUCUGUCGAUAGCUGUGUUGCCCAGGCCAACAUCACCCUGCCCAACAACACUCAGCACAGCGUCGGUAUCGUGCUUCCUGAUGAGUGGAACGGUCGGUUCAUGGCCGUUGGUAACGGCGAAUUCUCGGGAUCGGUGGGAUGGUCUUCCAUUAUGAACACCGCCUGGUAUGGCUUCGCCAGUAUCUCCACAGAUACCGGCCACGAAGGCAACAACGGCAGCUUCGGGUACCACAAUGAAGCUGCUCUGACCAAUUGGGGCUACCGUGCCCUCCACGACGCUGUUGUCAACGGAAAGCAAGUGACGGAGGGAUACUACGGUCACAACAUCUCCUACAGCUACUACCGUGGAUGCUCCGCUGGUGGCAAGCAGGGCAUGAAGGAGGUCCAGAUGUUCCCCGAUGACUUCGAUGGUGUCAUUGCGGGAGCACCAGCCUGGUGGACCGACCACCAACAGCUGUGGAACGUGCUCACUGCCAUCUGGAAUCUUCCAGAGACGGCCGACUACCACGUCACCGAUGCACAGAUGACGGCGGUGCAGGCUGAGAUGCUGAAGCAGUGUGACCCCCAGGAUGGGCUGAAGGACAGCAUCCUCCAGAACCCCUUCGGCUGUGUCUUCGAUCCUGUCCCAGUGAUGUGCAAUGCCACUUCCUCCAACGACACCUGUGUGACGCCCGCCCAGCUCACCACCGUCAACAAGCUGUUCAACCCCUGGGUCGAAGCCAAUGACACCUUCAUCUUCCCUGGAUACACGCUGGGUACCGAGGUUGGCGCCCCUACUCUGGACGACGACUUCGUCACCUACAUCCAGUACAUGCUCCAGAUCGGUGGAGACUGGACCUGGGAAGACUGGAACCCCGAUCUCGUCGCUCUCUCUGAGAAGCUGAACCCGGGCAAUGCCACCGCCGACGACUUCGACAUUUCCCCUUUCUACAAGAAGGGCGGCAAGCUCCUUCACUACCACGGCUACUCCGACCCGUCGAUCGCGUCCAAGUCCUCCCUGUACCUCUACAACCAUUACCAGGAGGCUCUCCGGCCCCAGGGCAUCCCCGUCGAUGACUUCUACCGUUUCUUCUUCGUCCCCGGCAUGGAGCACUGCACCAGCACCCCCAGCGACCAAGACGCCCCAUACUACAUGAACGGAGACAGCCAGGCUGGCUCCCUGUCCGGCACCAUCUUCGGCGUGCCCGGCUUCAACGACAGCAAGCACGAUCUCAUCCUCGCCAUGGUGGACUGGGUGGAGAACGACAACGCCCCCGACUACCUGAUCCCCACCAAGUACAAGAACGACGUUGUUGCCGAUGGUGUCGACAAGCAGCGCCCGAUCUGCCCGUGGCCCAGCCUGGCCAAGUACAAGGGCCAGGGCGAUGUCGACAAGGCCGAGAACUGGGAGUGCGGUACUCUGUAUUAAGCCUGGAGG